AUGUGGAUCUUGCGGUGGACGAUUUCUAAGCAGCGUGAAGCUUACGGUGAGAUGGCGCACUUUCAGUUCGUCACUGUACAGGGACCUCCGGAUAAGACCAGUGAUAAGGCUGCCAAACGCCUCGCUCGAUCACAUGCAGUGAAACAGGCGUUACAGAAAAAACGACAAAUGCAACAACAGUCUAUGCAACAUUUCGCUGUGAGAACAAUAGAAGACGAACGGGAACAAACGAGAAGUAUCUGCAGAAGGCAUUGCACCAAGCGCACUAUCCCAUCGCCUGUUUCACUAUCAGCCAGCCUGCUUGAUCCGUUCCAAAGUCUCGCCAUCGACUCCAAACGGCUACAGAUCUUACUGAACGACUUUAACGCCCGCCAGGCUCCCGAGCCUGUGUUUAGCGUUGAGGAUGACUUUCAGAAUUUCAAAUCGGUGUUCCGAUCUGGGCUCGUCGAUCCUGCUCUCUUAAAUGCCUUCAUGCUGUCCUUGGCCUUCACUGCAAACGGCGGAGUCAUUAAUAAGGAAUGUCUUGUAUACCGAGGUCAAGCGAUCCAGCAUAUUCGUGAAAGAAUCAGUAUGCCCGACAAAGUCGUGUCAGAGUCAACUAUUGGUGCCAUACUGUUACUAGUCGGCGUUGAGGCACGGCUUGGCACAACUUCACAAGUCCAGCUUCACAUGGGGGCAAUACAGUACCUCCUCAAUGCCUGUGAACCAAUCGUCGUUAAUCUCACUCAAGGCAUCAAACGCGCCAUAUUCUGGCAGGACUUGAACUCUUCAAUCAUGGUUGGAUCAAAACGCAUUGUCGACCAUACGACCUUUACCGACCUGCGAUGGGAAAGAGACUCAAUAGCUCCAGACUUUUUUGAGCUGCCCUUGGGCUUUCAAAUACGUUCCCAUCUAUUCAGCCAAGAAUUCCUGGAUAUAGUCAGAGAUAUUCACGCACUCCAGUGCAUCAGAAACAUUUAUCAACGUACUGGCCGGCCAGUCUCAACGUCACACAGCAUCCAUACAAUCUCGUCUUCAGGCUCUGCCGAACACUUGCCCGAUAUCCAAAGCUUGCCAUCUCGCAGCGUACAUGUGCUCAGUAAUGCUGUGCUGCAAAGUUUGGUGCGCUUUAGUAAUUCCUGUGAGUCUCCAUGCAACCUCUGGAAGCACUCGCUAACUUGCAAGUCCAAUAUUACCGCGCAACUCCUCAAAGAAAUUGAAAAAGUCCGUCAUGAGCCUGUAUGGGAUGAGCAUGCGGACUUGUUGCUUUGGCUAAUCUGUAUUGGCGGGGUGUUUGCUCCUGUUGGGCCUGUACGUUCAGGUUACACAGCACUUUUGCGUUCGACGUGGUUCGAAAGGCCCGACCUUUACGAUUCGUGGUCUGAUAUAAGCGACAUAUUGAACCAAUUCAUUUGGUCGGACUUGGCUUUCGGGUCUGCUGUUAGGAAAUUUCUAGAAGAGAGAUGA